UGUUUGAGAAACUUUGCACGGAACUAAGCUCGAACGCGGCAAGCAAACCAAAAGCAUAAAACAAUAUUGAAAACCAACAUGUCGCACAAUCCGCCCUGGCGACUAAGCAGCCUGGCCUUUGUGGUGGGUCUACUGAUCCUGCUGCUGGCCAGCCCGGAUGCGCAGGCCAAGCGCUGGUUUGGCGGCAGCAGCAGCAAGAGCCGUACGUCCAGCUCGAGCAGCUCUUCGGCGCGACGCCCCUCAUCCUCGUCAUCAUACGGCCAUGCGGAUAAUACGCGUCUCAGCUACGGUGGUGGCACCCACACACAGCCGUCUAGCCACAGUGUCUCGCGGCCAGCUAACGGCAACGCCUCGCCGAUCGGCUGGAACGUGCCCAAGGCGCAGGGUCCGCCGCCUGCCUACUCGGCCACUAAUCCCGUGGGUGGUGCUCGCACCAAUGUGCACGAGCCGCCGCCGGCCUACAAUCCAUCGUACAAGGCGAAUGCACCGCCGCCAAGCUACUCGGCGGCCAACAGCAACUCGCGACCGGCGGCGGGCAGCGCGUCCAGCAAUUCACAUUAUACGCCCGCCAGCGUUUAUAGGCCACGCAUGAACAGCACGGGAGGCGGCGGUGGCUACCAUCACACGCCCAUUGGGGCAACCAAUACGCAUGGCGUGCAGUCCAGCUAUCCGGGCGCCACCUAUCACAGUCCGGGCAAUUUGCCCGCAGGAGCCACCUACCAUCCGGCUGGACAAUUGCCCGCCGGUGCCACCUAUCACAGCCCGGGUGCCUUGCCCGCCGGUGCCACCUACCAUAGUGCACCACCCGCCGGUGCCACGUACCACAGCCCGGGUGCCUUGCCCGCCGGUGCCACUUAUCAUCCAGGCGGAUAUGCACCAGCUGGCGCUAGCUAUCAUCCGGCUGGUCAGAUACCCCCUGGCGCUAGUUACUAUCCAAGCGGAGGCGUACCCCACGGAGCCACCUACUAUCCCCAAGCGCCGGUUGCCGCGGUACCGGCAGGCGCCACCUAUUUGCCAGCUGGCGCUGGACUGCCGCCGGGUGCCACCUACUAUCCGCAAGCGCCCAAGUCGUCAUCCGGUCUGGGAUUGGGCACUGGUCUCGUUGCUGGCGCUUUGGGUGGUGCCAUUUUGGGUCACGUGCUCACGCCCACGCAGACGCGCGUCGUGGAGCACGCUCCGAUGUCCGGCGGCUACGGAGGUGGCGGCGGCGGCGGCAGUAACGGAGGUGGUGAGGACAAGAUUAUUAUCAUCAACAAUGGACCUCCUGGCUCAGUGACUACCACCGAUGCUGGCUCCGGCACCACGGUGAUCAACGCUGGCGGCGCACAACCCGCAGCUCCCGCUGCACCGGCAUACCAACCCGCUCCCGCUGCACCGGCAUACCAACCCGCUCCGGCAGCCGCUCCGGCACCUGCUCCAGGAGCACCACAAACACCGCUUGCACCGCUAACACCAUCAGCUGCGGAAGGCGCAAUCGUAGCGACAGCAGCUGGCGCAGGUCUGGCAAAUGCCGCAGCGCCAGCUGCAGCUGCACCACCUCCAGUUGAUGCCAAUGCACCAGCAGCGGCUGCUGCACCACCCGCGCCUGGCGGCAUCAUAUGUGUGCCAACGCGCGUGCCAGAGCCGGAUCCCAAGGACCCCACCAAGACAAUUGAAGUGGAGAAGAUUGCCUGCUAUCCGGCACCGCCGCCGGAAGCGGCACCGCCUGCAAAUGGCACAGCGCCAGCGAUGGUGCCGGCAACGGCGCCAUCUACAGAGGCGGCUCCCAAUUCGAAUGUGACACCCUCGCCGGACUCGGCACCUCUGGCACCCAUCCAGACAACGACCUUAUCCGUGCCCGAGGGAUCCGUGCCUCUGGCCCCUUUGCGACCCGGCGGCCAGCCAGACAUCAUGCGCAUGCCGGGAUUGACGUCGGCGCGUCUGUCCGCGGAGUCGGGACUGCGUGAUGCCCACAAUGGAUCAAAGACCAUGUCCCAAUUGAGCUCGUUGUCUGCCCUGCUGACGCUGCUUGUGGCCUACUGUCUGCACUAAGCCGGGAAGGGCAUCUCCGCCAGCUGUAACGCAUACCAAAUGAUAACCAGUCAGCCGAGCGAAGAAUUUUCAUCAAGAUUCGAUGAAUUGCUUUUUAUUUUUUAAACUAAACGAAUUUCCGCAUA